AACUGAGCUAUGCUAAUUUAUAACGUAUACACAAUAUAUCUGACUAACAAACUAACUAUCAAACCGUUUUAGAAACCAAGAGGUAACAAAGACAAAUACCACCAGCUGAACUACAACUGAGCACUUGGAUAAUUUAAUAACUAAAGGGUUUGCUUUAGGAAGUGUAUCUUUAGUGACAGCAGCACUGAUAAUACAUGAGAAUAUAGAAAAGGAUAAUAACGAUGUUACCGUUAAAACCGAUGCAUUUGAAAUGUUAGAAUUUGACAUGACUGGUGAUAGGUAACAUUGGACAAUAAGACAAUUAACAGUGUGGGAAAUAUAACAUGUUUAAUUUACAAUUUAAUAUACAGUAAAAUAUAGAAGAAUAUAGUGGAAUAUAAAAUAGUGUACAAGCAAUGACCAUAAUCUACACAAGUGUACUGUGAGUGUGUGAAAGGAAUUAAGUGUAUGUAAAUAUGGCGAAUGAGGGGCUGUGCAGGGGAGCGACCGGUAGGAAAAAGGGUUGUCAGAGUCACUCAGUGUACCACACGGUGAUGGAGGAGCUGAGGAUGGACUCCAUGAUGGCCGUGUACAAGUGCACAAUCAUAGAGAAAUAUAAAAAUGAACAGAAAUGAAUAGACAAUAACCCAUUUAUACUGCAGGCAAAUAAAUGGAAGUGAUCCCCACAGAGUGAAAAGAGUCUGGGCGAAGGAACCAAUUUGAAUGAGCCGUGACCCCCUCUCCACUUUAAACCUUUUGAGAGAAACAAUAUGUGUACGUUCAUCAGGGAAAAGGAUAUGUGUUUAUACAAAUUCUAAUGAAUGGAAUGAAACUUAUUUUGGGGAGAGACAACAUCCCGUCCAAAUGAAUGAUGUAUACAAGCCACAUUUGUUGGGAAGCUGGUCAAACAUCACAUUGAUUCUGUUCGGUCCAAUAGAACUAUCAAAGCUACUCUCUGAAAGUACCAAUCAGCAGGCUGCUGAUGAGAAUGCUUAACUUUAAUGUGGGCUUUUUUAUUGUAAUUGCAUCAUUCAUUGAGCACAUGCAGACGUUUUCCUUUCUGCCUUAGAUUUAGUCAACAAACGUACGAAUGAAGACUGAAUCAUGAUUUGACCUAAAAAAUACAAUUUCUGCUAGAAAGCAGUGGUGGCUGAUCUUCUCUGUACGGCUUUAAACGCAUCAUGACCGCGCGAGCCAAUCACAUCUUGAAACGGCGUUGCCGUAAAGUGUGGCGGUGGUGUUUAGAAUGAGGACAUGUCAUUACGUGCCUUACUGGAGGAAGUGUAUGUCCAUUUUUAAUUAGUGUUUACGAAUAUUGUUGGAGCCAGCAGCGCCAUCAUGUCGAAGCCCGGUGUGCUGGUCCUGUAUGGGAGUCAGACGGGUUCGGCCCAGGACACGGCCCAGAGGAUUGAACGACAGGCGCGGAGAAGGCGGCUGCUGGUUCGGGUGUUGCCUCUGGAUAACUAUAACGUGGCAAGCUUGAUCUCAGAGUCUCUGGUGGUGUUUGUGUGCUCCACUGCGGGCCAAGGAGAUCCUCCAGACAACAUGAAGAUCUUCUGGAGGUUUGUCUUCAGGAAGUCUUUGCCGGCGUCCUCUCUGAGUCGCUUGGACUGUGCGGUACUGGGCCUGGGGGAUUCCUCAUACCCCAAGUUUAAUUUUGUAGCCAAGAAGCUUCAUAAGCGCCUGUUGCAGCUGGGUGCCAGCAUGCUGCUUCCUGUUGGGUUAGCAGAUGACCAACAUGACCUGGGAUCCGAUGCAGUGAUUGACCCGUGGCUCACAUCAUUUUGGGAGAAAGUGUCUGCUCUGUACCCAUCUUUGGCUGAUGUGAUUCCAAUGAGGGAAGAUGAACUGCUCCCCCCAACGUACAUUUUCCACUUCCUGGACGAUGUGAAAGAGAAGACCGAUGACAGGCUGAGGAUUCCCACAGAGCAGACCCUCCCCUCCCAGUCCCAUCCCUUUCCUGCCAGACUAGUGUCCAAUAGGAGAGUAACGGACAUGUCACACUUCCAGGAUGUGAGGCACAUGGAGUUUGAUAUCACAGGAUCCAACAUUGAGUUUGCUGCUGGAGAUGUGGUGGUGAUGCCUCCAUGUAACACACCAGAGGACGUGCAGCAGCUCUGUCAACUACUGAGAUUAGAUCCAGAGGCCACAUUCACUCUCAAGGCCACAGACCGCUCUGUAGUUCCUGCCACGCUCCCUCAGCCGUGUACAGUCCGCCACCUGGUGGAGCGCCACCUGGACAUCGCCGCCGUGCCUCGCCGCUCCUUCUUCGAGCUGCUGUCGACCUUCGCCACCAACGAGACGGAGAAGCAGAAGCUGCUGGAGUUCAGCUCGGCUGCAGGCCAGGAUGAGCUGCACAGCUACUGCAACCGGCCCCGACGCACCGCGCUGGAGGUCCUGGCAGAUUUCCCGCACACUACAGCAGAAAUCAAAGUAGACUAUCUCCUAGAUCUCUUCCCUGAGAUCCAGCCUCGCUCCUUCUCCAUCGCCUCUUCUCUCCAGGUUCACCCACACAGGCUGCAGAUCCUGGUAGCUGUGGUUCGUUACAAAACAAAGAUGUAUAAACCGAGAAGGGGCCUCUGCUCCACCUGGUUAGCCUCCCUGGACCCUGCACAAGGGGAGGUGUUUGUGCCUCUGUGGGUGAAGAAGGGCACUCUGAGGUUCCCCCAACAGAAGGACACCCCUGUGGUAAUGGUUGGACCUGGAACAGGAGUGGCACCCUUCAGGUCGGCUUUACAAGAAAGGAUGGCUGAGGGAAAACAUGCCAACGUCCUGUUCUUUGGGUGUCGCUCUGCUUCCAAAGACUUCUACUUCAGGUCAGACUGGGAAGACAUGAUGAAUACUGGACAUUUGACCCUCUUCACUGCGUUCUCAAGAGAUCAGGAGGAGAAGGUGUAUGUACAGGACCGUGUCAGGGAGAAUGCUGCCGUCCUGUGGGACUUAAUGGAUAAUAGACACGCCUGCUUUUACAUUGCUGGGAAUGCUAAAGAAAUGCCAACCGGUGUGUGUGACGCUCUGAAAGAGGUGUUCCAGCAGCAAGGGGGCGUGUCCUCAGAGGAAGCCUUGCAGAUGCUGGAAACCAUGGAGAGGACAGGCCAGAUCCAGCGUGAGACCUGGUCCUGAUCACAAUAAUCCACUUCACAUUGAAGUGGCUCUUCCAUCAUACAACAUCAGUAUAUUUAAGCAGGCCUCAACACUUGGCCACAAAUAAAGGAAAUAGUAAUAAUUAAUUCUACUAGUUGUAUAUUCGUUAUUGGAAUAUAAUUUCUGCCCCCAAAAUGCCCAAAGACCCAGGACUAGGUGGAGAGAUUAUAUCUCUCCUGGCCCGGGAAAGGGAAGUUAAAAUGCCCCCUGCUGGAGCUGUUGCCCCCGCGAUCCGACCCCGGAUAAGCGGCUGAAGAUGGAUGGAUGGAUGGAUGGAUGUGGGACAAAGUUUAGCCAGACAUGGUUAAGAUGUACUCAGUUUUUUCGCUCUGGUAGUCGCUAAUGGCCACAGUCUCUGAGCAUAUGAAAGCAGGAGAAAUGCACAAAUUAGAGUGCCUCCAUUCUCGGGCUGCACGGUUUGGCCAAAAAUCCAUAUCACGGUGUUAAACAUUCUGACGGUAUCGCGGUAUAUCACGGUAUUGCUUUUUUAAAACACAUUAAUUAAUUUGACCCACGAAAACGGCCGCGGCUACACAAACAGCUGCUCGCUGGCCUACUCGCCCGAAACUGGCGACUUAGCUCGUUAGCUCUGGCAUGUUGGCAUGUUAGUGUGUUAGCUCGUUGGCAUGUUAGCGUGUUGUGGCUGCUAGUGUUGCCACCAGAGGCUCGACAGACUUUGCAAUAAAUCGUAUUCUGAUCUAAUGUAACUUACGUCGGAUUUAUCGAAACCAACAACCCUCCAAACAGACGCAGCUCCUCUCUUGGGCACAAGUUGUGUUGGUGCAUCUCUUUUCUGUGUUUUCGUGUAGCAACAGAGUUAACGUUAGUUACUUCUUGUUGUGAGCUGUACCCAGCAUGCAGUUCGGCGGGGAUGUUUGUGUCACAAGCUGUUGUCUUGAGGGGUUUUACCCUGUAAAGAGUUUGUGCUGCGUUAUUCAUUGUUGUUAUAACCAUGACUCACUCCCAACACACGUAAGACCACUAGCUCCGGCCGCCGGGCUUUGUGAUGCCGCCUGUCAAAGAGCAACUUCAGCUGUGUGGGAUUUUCAUACCGCAAGGAGAUCUUACACCAAUUAUACCAAUUGUGCCAUUCUAUAUUAAACUAUUUUCGGAGCACGCCAUGCGAAAUAGCUUCUGGACUCACAGCUCUGUGUGUGUCUAACUUACCCGACCCACGAUGCAUUUCCGGAACACAUACAUUCGGUGAGAGGAUUUACUGCGUGUGUUUCCUGCAGCUGAACAAGUGUCUUAAAGUGUAGCGAAGAUGCACGGGUUAAUGGUCAGUUAUCCAUCUGGGUCCGUUUGAAACCUCAGCAGGGUAUUGCAGAACCCUGCAUGGUUUGCAAGAAUUUUUUAGGAUGCCAAAUCAUUUAGCAGACGCCAAAGUUACACCAAAAAGUGACAGGUUUGCAGGUAUGAGUACACCUUAAAACCGUUCUCCAGCAUAUCUGUCCCGCCUCCCCAACCACCCGCUUCCUGUCUCGGUUUUUUUUCUCGCUAAGUCGAUCUCCAUCAUCUAGUGCCUCCCUCUCAUCGUCUGCUCUUUCUUACUCUUCACAGUAACAUUUAGUUAUAUUUUCCCUUUAGCCACGUUAUAACGUUUAUCAAAGGAAAUACAUCUUAAUUCAUGAAGACAAAGGCUUUUAGCUUCUUU